GGCAGCACUCAACGCGCGAGUGGCAAUUGCAAAGUGUUUUGCAGUCGGUCAAAAAAGGAAGAAGUAAAUUAGUUUUUUUAUUAAACGUUUUAGGCAAAUUUUAGAAUGACCAACGAAACAACUAGCACAAAUGUGGCCGAUCGCCUUAAAUUAGGACCUCGCGAUGGCGUUACCUAUCCGAUAAUAAUGAAGUACUGCGGUCAUUGCACCAUGCCCAUAGAAUAUUGCGAAUAUUAUCCAGAAUAUGACAAGUGCAAGGAUUGGCUGGAACGUCACAUGCCCGAAGAUUUCGAGCGUUUGAAAAUUGAGGAGGAGCAGGCAGCUGCUGAUGGCACAGAUGAUGACAAAAAACGUCAGAAACGAGGAGGCAAAGGGUUGCUGCGUGUUAAAAAGAAGGAGGAUGUGCCUAAGAAAAUUUGUGUCUCACGUGCGGCACGUGGCAAAAAGAAGUCUGUCACUGUGGUUACCGGCCUGAGUACCUUUGAUAUUGAUCUCAAAGUAGCAGCAAAAUUCUUUGGAACCAAAUUUGCUUGCGGCUCGUCUGUCACAGGUGAUGACGAGAUUGUUAUCCAAGGAGAUGUAAAGGAUGAGCUCUUUGAUGUCAUACCUGAAAAAUGGGCUGAAAUUGAUGAGGAUGUUAUUGAGGAUUUGGGCGAUCAGAAGCGUUAAUCAUUCAUCACAAGCAAAAUAUUCUCAAAAAAGGAAAAAAAUAAAGAUUUUUUUUUCAUAAUAUA